AGAUGAAACCGCUUUUAAAACUGGUGGCCUACCUGACGAUGGAGAGGAUAUCGGUCUACUAGUUGAGUUUGGAUCUGAUCAGUACUUCGUGCCUGCGUCUGACUCUAGUACUGUUAUAAACGAAGACAUAGAUCAAGAAGAAGAUAUAGUAGAAGAGACCUUCAACUAUCCCGAACAUGAUGAAGAACAAAUAGAGCCAACUGAAGAGACGUAUGACCAUUCACAACAUGGGAGGUUCUAUAAACCUAAGAAAAGAUUUGUUCCAACGGGAAAAAAACAAAAGCACACAUGGAUACAAAAGAGAAAACAUUAUGGAUCCAAAAAGCAGCACAAAAUUGGAGUGAAACCUAAGAAGGGAAUCCCGCAUGGUCCAUAUACGAACAAGUUCACGUGUUCAUAUUGCAAUAAAACAUGGUACAAUAAAUCAACCUUAGAUAUGCAUAUACGUACUCAUACGGGUGAAAAGCCAUUCAAAUGUCAGUUAUGUCCCAAGAAAUUUGCCCAGAAAGGAAAUAUGAAGACACAUUAUGGGAGGUACCAUUCGAAAGAAAAUAUCGAUCACAAAAUUAAAAUGGAAGAGGAUGGUACAGUGGCAGUUCAAAUGUUUCGAUGUUCUGCGUGUUCGUUAUCAUUUAUUUCCCAGAAUCGACUGGAAAAACAUAUGAUAACAUCAUGUUUUAAGGAAUAAUAUAUAGUACGUUUGAAUUAUCAUUUGACAUAUCCUACAUGGAUGAUAACAUAUUUUCUUAGCAAAAACAUAUUUUCUUAGCAGUUCGUACGUUCACGUUGAGCACGUGUCAACAUGUAAAGCUGUACAAAUGUACAUGUGCGUACUUCUAUGCAGACCGGGAUUCCGCUCUCUUGGAGAAAUUGCAUCAUUUCGACUUAAAUUAAGAUAAGGAUUCUUCAUACAAUUGCAUAUCAUUGUUAGAAACAAAUAUCUUCAAGAAGUAAACUAAGUGGACGAGCUAAAAUCCUGGGAAAAUAAAAAUCUUGAGAGAAAGCACCAUAACACUGAAAGUGAAACUGACAACAUGUAUUUUUAGUUUUUUAACCCUGAAGAUUAAUUGCUAAGUAAAGAUUUUAGAAUUGUAGUUAUAAUUAUCAUAUCAUUGUAGCUUAUAGAUAACCGUUAAUAGAUAC